AAAUAGAAUGAACCCUGGAAAGUUUUGUAAUGAAAGUACCGCCGAGUGAAGGAGCGUGAGAAACAAUAGAAAUUCUGAUAAUGUUUGUAUUCUUCACCAGCAACGCACAUAAGAAUAUUCAACAAUCUAAUAAUUUUUAUUUAUUCAUGUUGUCUUACAUUUCGACUGUUUUUUUGUGUUUAUUAAAGACUCUUUAAAUCUUUUUCGACUGUUUUGCAAAUGUGUAAAGAAUUUGUAUUUGUUUAGUAAAAGCUUGCGAAUAUGUUGCAGAAUAUUGAUGUAGUGAAUCUGGAGUUUGAAGCUCAUCUGGGAUCUGGUUGUUAUGGAGGCCACGUGUGUUUGUUUCGCAAUAAGAAAGACAAAAGAAGCCGCCGUACCGUGGUAAAAUCUAUUCCAUACAGCAGCCCAGACUAUGCCUACCAGGCGGUACUCAAAGAGCACACCAUUCUGUCGCAGGUGAACCAUCCACGCAUUCUUCGUUACUUCGGUUUCUUUCAAACCGAAGACUCGUGGAACAUGGUAACGGAAUUUGCUGAACGUGGAAAUCUGGCAAAGUUUCUGGAGCGGCGUUCAAAGCACAAUGAGUACCUAUGUCAACGUUCUGUAAUGGCAAAGUUCGGAGACAUUGCAGAGGCCCUUCAGUAUCUACACCAACGUAAAGUAAUCCACCGUGACCUAAAGCCGGAAAAUGUUCUGAUCGAUGCCGACAACCGGUUGAAGUUGGCCGAUUUUGGCAUAGCAAAAAUUUUCACAAAUACGAUCCCGGGCGAGGAACUCAAUAUGACGAUAGUUGGAACACCGCUGUACAUGGCCCCGGAAGUGGCCAGUGGAAAAGCGUACGAUUACAAAAGCGACAUAUGGCCAUUGGGGAUUAUCUUCUACGAGCUGUGCAUGCUGGAGCAUCCAUUUAUGGAGAAAUGUGUGGUGAUAGGAGAUGACGGUAAGGAACGAUUUGUGACGCCACGGGUUGAUUGCGUCCGAAGGGGAUAUCAGGACGAGAUUCAGACACUGUGUGAGAUGAUGUUUCAGGUAAAUCCGAAAAAACGCUGGACGUUGGAGAAAAUUUUGAAAAAUGAUCGCAUUAUUCGACUGAUGAAGCGGGAGAUGUGAUAUGGAAGAGAAACUGACUGUGUCGUCUGAUUUUAUAAUUUAUUUGAAGAAUGUAUCACAUAUCUUAGCGUUUAUUCUAAGGAAUGUAGAAAAGUGUCUGAUUUUAUAAAGUAGAUCGCAAAUAAAUUUUGUUAUGCAUAAUCAAA